GGUUGGCGCAUAACCAGACUCGUUCUCAAAUACACUAUGGAGUGAACCAGCUUGUGAAUUGUUGACACAGCCUAGCCUAGCAUUGUUGUAGCAGUAACGUGAGAGCAUUUUAAGGAAAUAACUGUUAAAUUCAUACUCAACUGAAGCAUACUUGAUGUCGUUCUUUUUUAUAGGAACAUCACUGUGGUAUUAAGUAGAUGGAGGAGUAACUGUUGCCAGGAAUUCUUCAAAUUUUCUGAGUGAGAACGGUUUUGUCUGACGUCUGUGACACAACUGACAAACCACGUCCACAGUGUUCGGUUCUGAGUGUGUAGUGAAAGAUACUGCAGAGAGAAUGAGCAAGCGAGUUAGCACAACAGCUACAGCAAGGUUGAAGCAAGAUUACGUGAGAAUCAAGAAAGACCCUGUGCCUUAUGUGACAGCAACGCCUCUCCCAUCCAACAUUUUAGAAUGGCACUACUUGGUGAGAGGGCCAGAAGGAACACCGUAUGAAGGCGGCUUGUAUCAUGGCAAACUAGUCUUCCCCAGAGAAUUUCCAUUUAAACCGCCAAGUAUCUACAUGAUUACACCUAAUGGAAGAUUCAAGUGUAAUACAAGGUUAUGUUUGUCUAUAAGUGACUUUCAUCCUGAUACUUGGAAUCCAGCAUGGUCUGUAUCCACCAUUCUAACUGGUCUCCUUAGCUUUAUGGUGGAAAAGAACCCAACACUUGGCAGUAUAGAAACAUCUGAUUAUACAAAAAGACAACUAGCUGUCCAGAGUGGCCCAUUUAACGUCAAGAAUCAAACGUUUUGCGAAUUGUUUCCUGAGGUUGCAUUGGAAGUAAGAGAAGCCAUCAGGAAGAGGGAAGAAGAGAUCAGAGCAAGCACAGAAUCCACCUUGUUAACUGGUCAGUCCUCAAGACAAGCAAACAACCAAGAUGGACAGCUACCAUUGGGCCAUCAAGGGCACCAAGGCAUUGUGGGAAGCACGCUAGCCAAUGUGCUUGUCAUUGUUGGCUUUGCUGCUUUUGCUUACACCGUCAAAUAUGUACUGAAAAGCAUUGCACACACGGAGGAAUGAUCGUGUAUGUUUUGAGGUGUGAAAGCCAACCGUAUGUUUUAAGUGUGUCUCAUUCCUUGAUAUAUGACAGCUAAUAUGACAUGGUUUGUUCAACUUUUUCUACUCCUCUCUUGUUUUCUGGAUACUGGUACUGAGCCACUGAUCAAUCGAGGUAUAGUAUGAGAAUAUCUACCAUUUUGACGUGAAGUAAAUUUUUGCCUGACCCUAUCAGGUCAAUAAAGUAUUUCCUUAGAGCAGCACAACUUUUUGAGGAAUAUGCAGCUUCACAGAUACUACCAUACAGUGCUACAAAAAUUUCAUAGGUAACCUGCUCUUAUGCGUUCCCAUUUGACUUAAACUAUAUGUUGAAAGCGAAUCAUGGUACUCUGUCCAGCUUAGGGACACAUUCAUCACUUUCUCAUUGGUUGGAUUUGAACCCACUUUUUUUAUUUUACCAGCCACUGCAAAAAAUCAAGUCUGCACCAAACUACUUGACUAUGACUUUGCCUUAUGUUCAUCGUAAUACUGUGGGUGAAAUGUCCGGCACUUGGAAAAGAUUUUGCAUACUUGGAACAAAUCGUGUAAUUUUGUGCGAAUUCCACAAAAAGUAAGCAACUCUUUUUCCCUGGCAGAGGGUUAUGAUUUGUUGCCCUAUAUUUCUGAGAAUGUUACAUGAGCUACAUUCUUGGAUGAAAUUUUUGUCGUCAGCUGGGUUGUUUUUCUUUCUCAGUGACACAACUUUCAGUUUUCCAUACCCCCACAUAUGGUUUUUCAGAAAAUGUUGCAAAUUUGAUUACAUCAGAAACUUCAACAAUCUUGCUUCAUAUAUAUGUUGUAAGGGGUUUUAUAUUAAAAGAGUUAAUCAUAUUGUGGAAUGCCCCUCAAGACGUGAUUCAUUGUAAUCAAGACCUACACAAUAUAGUUCAGUUUACUAAUAUAAAUUUUAAACUCUUUUUGUAAUUGGCUUUAGUGGCUUAUUACGUUCUAGUUAUUUCAUUUUACACAAAAUGACUAAGCAGGUAUACACAAAACACUCAGUUAUUUUAGAUGUUCAUUUACUACUCUACCAUGAAUGACAGUGCACAACCUUUUUAAUGUUUUUUUCCAUACGAUGUCAGACAUACUUCAUUGAUUUUCCACUCUCCUUUCAUAUGGAAAUCCGCACAAUAUUUUUAUAUUGUGGUGAAAACACAAAGGAAUUUUUUCUUUUUUGCUGGUGUUUUUAUAGUCAAAUCAGGACUUCUGAAUAUUUUGGUUGUAGCGGAAAGUUUUCCAAUUUUUGUAUAAACAUGUAAAUUAGUAGAUGCUAUUGAAGCGUAGAUAAAUGAGAAUACGUGUACAAAUAAAUAGAAAAUGAAUAAAAUGAUUGAAGUACUCCAGUAUGGAUGAUCAUUGCUGAAAA